AUGGCGGCGGCGAGCGAGGCGCCGGGCGACCCCAGCCCCGAGGACUUCGUCUAUGGGGAGGAGGACUUUGUCCUGCAGGGAACUGGCUGGGGGGGCGAGCCGGGCUCCGCGCCCUCCCGCUUCGACCGGGCGCUGCUGGAGGGCUGGAGCGACAGGAUGGAGCGGGGCUUGUUCCGGUACCGGCUGGGGCCGCUGCCCACCCGCGUCCUGCCCGGCCCCAUGAGCCUGGUGGCCCAGCUCAACGUCCAGCGCGGCACCGAGCGCCGCCCGCCGCAGGCCGUCCUCAGCCUCCGGCAGCCCUUCGACCCCCGGGCCUUCAACUUCACACGGAUGCGGCCCGGCGAGGUGCUGCUCCGCCUGCGCAGGGCGGCGGACGAAGGAGGAGGAGGAGGAGGGGGUGGGGGUGCCGCGGCCCCCGACUACCUCCUGGUGGCCAUCAACGUCAGCCCGCUGGAGCAGGGCCACGUCCUGCUGCUGCCGGAGCCGGACCGGGGGCUGCCGCAGGCCCUCACCGCCCCGCUGCUCCGCGGGGGGCUGGAGGCGGCGCUGCUCAGCGCCCACCCGGGCUUCCGCCUGGGCUUCAACGGGCUGGGGGCCUGCGCCUCCCUCAACCACCUCCACCUGCACGCCUUCUACCUGGCCCGGCCGCUGCUGGUGGAGUCGGCGCCCGCCCAGCCCCUCUGCCCGGCCCGCGGCCUCAGCCUGCUGCGGGACGUCCCGGCGCCCGCCUUCCUCUUCUACGCCGCCGGCCCCGCCGGCCUGGAGACGCUGGCGCGGGACGUCUGCCGGGCGGCGGAGCACCUGACAGACACCGGCCUGGCCUACAACGUCUUCGUCACCCGCGGCGACCCGCCGGAGGGGGCGGGGCCGGGACCGGCGGACUCGCGUUCGUUCCCGGGCGCGGUGGCAGAGCCCGGCGGGACGCAGCCCCGGGGCUGCGGGAGCGAGGGAAGGCGGUUGUCUCCCUCCCUUCCACCCGCCCGUGCCCGGGACGGGCCGGGUUCCUCGCUGAGCAGCUGUUCUGUCCUCUCUUUCAAUUCCAGUGUUCCCUCCAUCAAUCUGACCAGCUGCAAGUACGAGAGCGUGCGGCGGGCAGUAUUACGCUGUGGGCUGAAAGAAGCAGGAGAGAAUGAGGAGUGGACAGUGUAUUGGACGGACUACUCAGUCUCUCUGGAGCGCGUCAUGGAAAUGAAGCGGUUUCAGAAAAUCAACCAUUUUCCAGGCAUGAUAGAGAUCUGCCGUAAGGACUUGUUGGCUCGCAACCUUAACCGCAUGCUCAGGCUCUUCCCCAAGGAGUACAAUAUAUUUCCCCGCACUUGGUGCCUGCCAGCUGACUAUGGAGAUUUCCAGGCCUACAGGCGUGUGAGGAAAAACAGAACAUUCAUCUGCAAGCCAGACAGCGGCUGCCAAGGGAGAGGUAUCUUCAUAACGCAUAAUCCAGAGGAGAUCAAACAUGGAGAGCAUAUGAUCUGUCAGCAGUAUAUCUCUAAGCCUUUCCUCAUUGAUGGCUUUAAAUUUGACAUGCGUAUCUAUGUGCUGGUCACAUCUUGUGACCCGCUGAGGAUUUUUGUCUACAAGGAGGGUCUGGCCCGGUUUGCCACCAUGAGGUACAUCGAUCCCAGCAGCAGAAACCUGGAUGAUAUCUGCAUGCAUUUGACCAAUUAUGCUAUCAACAAACAUAAUGAAAACUUUGUCCAGGAUGACAUGACGGGCAGUAAGAGGAAACUGUCCACCCUGAAUGCUUGGAUGACAGAUAACAGCUACAACACAACAAAACUCUGGGAAGAUAUUGAAGAUAUUAUUAUAAAGACUCUUAUUUCAGCUCACCCUGUUGUGAAGCACAAUUACCAAAGCUGCUUUCCGAACCACACGACUGGCUGUGCCUGCUUUGAGAUACUGGGUUUUGACAUUUUGGUAGACAGAAAGUUGAAGCCCUGGCUGCUAGAGGUGAACCACUCUCCCAGCUUCACCACGGACUCUCCCCUAGACCGUGAGGUGAAGGAUGCUCUUCUCUGUGAUACCAUCAACCUGAUAAACGUGCAUGCCUGUAACAAAAGGAAGGUGCUGGAGGAAGACAAACAGCGGGCAAAGGAACGGCUCCUCCAGGGCCAUCAGACUCUCCGUGCAUCCAGACGCGAGGAGUUAGAGAGCAACCAGGCUGCCUGGCUGUCCCAGGCAGAAAAGUACGAGAACUCACACCUGGGCGGUUACCGGCGCAUUUAUCCAGCAUGUGGAACAGAGAAGUAUGAGCCGUUUUUCAAGCAGAGUGGCUCCCUCUUCCAGGAAACAGUGUCAUCCAAAGCACGAGAGGAGUGUGCCAGGCAGCAACUGGAGGAAAUUCGCCUGAAAAAAGAAAAGUUGGAAGCCAUUACCAGGAAGAAGAAAACAGAGAGGAAAGAAGACCUGCAUGGAGAGUCAGCUGGGGACAAAUCCCAGAUCUGUAAUAAAACCACAGCUCCUAUGACCCGCCUCACAUAUAGAAGCACCAGGAUGUGGGAUAGAAAGGUACCUUGUUUUGUCAGUGGCUGUUCACAGGGCUCUCAAAGGUGUUUCCUUCCUAAGCUACGGCGCAUGCAGUACGACUCUAUGCAACCCCAGGAUAUUGUGGAAGAUGAGGAGAAGAAACGAGUAAAUGCUCUUCUGCAACGUGAGAACCUUAUCCGAGGCCUGGGCAUCAUAGAUCAGCUCUCCCAGCUGCUCCCCGCAACUGACAGACCAGCUGACACCCAGAAAUCCUGCACUGUUAUCCCCAAACACCAGCCACAGUUUCUCUGGGAGGCGCCUGGGGGCCAGGAGACCCACUGCUUAACAACGCACAACUCCCUCUCACUCCUGGGAGGUCCAGUCCGAUCUUCGGGACGGCAGUUCAUACACAAUGCCAGAGCCAACACCGAGCUGCCAGCCAUCCCAGGCUCGGAUCCUGCUGCCGCAGGCACCCUCUCCAUUCGAGGCCAGAGCAUCCCUUGCCACAAGCGGGGCCUCUGGGCACAGGACACAGGCUGGCUGCGGGGCCAGACAGCACGGAUGGCAGCAGUUACCCAGCCCUGCACCAAACCCAAGAGGCUGCAGGCAGGAGGCCAGUGGCUCCCUGGCACUGGAAACAAGGCUGAAGGCUGUGAAGGUGGCAGGCUGUCCUUCCACACAGGCAGCUGUCACCCGGGGUCCCCAGCCAGCACGGGGAAUGCCACCGCCAACGGCACCUUCACCCGGGGUCCCCAACCAGCACGGGGAAUGCCACAUCCGAUGGCACCUUCAGCUGUGCUGCAGUCCAGGAGUAAACCAUCUCCUCUGCCACCCACGUGCAGAACACGUGUGCCUCGCACCGUGCUGGUGCGUCGCACGCUUGCAGCGUGA